GACUAUGAGCGCUUCGCUCCUGCGCCGGCGCGCGUGUGCCCGGGCGGCGCGAGGUCAAGGGGUGGGGCAUGUCGCACAGGCUGCUGGCGGCGGUGGGGAGCCGGACGGCGGCUCUGCCACUGGCCGCGCUAUGGAGAUGCGGCUGGGGCGCCGGGGACCACGGCACGGCCAGAGUGGGCCUGAGGGCUCUGCCCACCACCCGGCAGGGAAUCCAUUUUCAGCAGCUGGUUCUGCAGGGAAGACUGACAUCAUUUUCCCAGUGGCUGUAUUCGAAAGCUCCCAAAGGCUUUGAGAAGUAUUUUAAGAGAAAUGGAAGAAGCGCGGACAAAGAAGAAUCAGCACCUCCAAAGAAAGAUACUGAUGAAUCAAAGGAUCAUGGAUUUGGAGGAAAUGGUGGCAAGAGAGGAGGGAAGAAGGAUGAUUUUGCAUGGUGGAAACGGAUACAGAAGGGAGAGUUCCCUUGGGACAACAAAGAGUUCCGUAAUCUGGCUGUCAUGGGAGCAGGCUUCGCUUUGGGAUUUUUCUACCUCUAUUUUCGAGAUUCUGGAAAAGAAAUCACUUGGAAGCAUUUUGUACAGUAUUACUUGGCCAGAGGACUGGUGGACCGACUUGAAGUUGUGAACAAACAGUUUGUGCGUGUGAUUCCUACACCUGGGGCAUCUUCUGAGAAAUCCGUGUGGUUUAACAUCGGCAGUGUUGACACGUUUGAGAGAAAUUUGGAAUCUGCCCAGUGGGAAUUGGGAAUUGAAGCUGCCAAUCAGGCAGCAGUGAUUUAUACUACCGAGAGUGAUGGCUCUUUCUUGAAAAGCCUGAUUCCCACUCUGCUUCUGAUUGGGAUUUUCCUCUAUGCUGUGAGGCGAGGCCCAAUGGGAGCAGGACGGGGAGGACGAGGAGGAGGCCUCUUCAGUGUUGGAGAAACAACUGCCAAAAUCCUGAAGAACAACAUCGAUGUACGGUUUGCUGAUGUGGCAGGUUGUGAAGAAGCCAAGCUAGAAAUCAUGGAGUUUGUGAACUUCCUCAAGAACCCCAAACAAUAUCAGGAUCUUGGAGCCAAGAUCCCCAAGGGGGCUAUGCUCACCGGUCCUCCUGGUACUGGGAAAACGCUCCUCGCCAAAGCAACUGCAGGGGAGGCCGAUGUUCCUUUUAUCACCGUGAAUGGCUCUGAGUUCCUGGAGAUGUUCGUGGGAGUUGGGCCUGCAAGGGUUAGGGACAUGUUUGCAAUGGCGCGAAAAAAUGCUCCCUGUAUCCUAUUCAUCGAUGAGAUUGAUGCGAUCGGGAGAAAGCGAGGUCGUGGCAAUUUGGGAGGGCAAAGUGAACAGGAAAACACCUUGAAUCAGUUGCUUGUUGAAAUGGAUGGAUUUAAUUCCAGCACCAAUGUUGUGGUACUUGCAGGGACCAACCGUCCAGACAUCCUUGACCCAGCACUAAUGAGACCAGGACGCUUUGACCGUCAGAUUUACAUUGGGCCCCCUGACAUAAAAGGUAGAUGCUCUAUCUUUAAAGUCCACCUUCGUCCACUGAAAUUGGAUGAAAAUAUUGGCAGAGAUGCCCUGGCUAGGAAACUAGCAGCUCUGACUCCAGGAUUCACUGGUGCUGAUAUUUCUAACGUCUGUAAUGAAGCCGCCCUGAUUGCUGCUCGUCAUCUGAAUGCUUUUGUUCAAGAAAAGCACUUUGAACAGGCCAUCGAGAGGGUCAUUGGAGGCCUUGAGAAGAAGACUCAGGUUCUCCAGCCCAGUGAGAAGACAACUGUAGCCUAUCAUGAAGCCGGCCAUGCCGUGGUGGGCUGGUUCUUGGAGCACGCGGAUCCCUUACUGAAGGUGUCCAUCAUCCCCCGAGGAAAGGGGCUGGGCUAUGCACAGUACCUGCCCAAGGAGCAGUACCUCUACACCCGGGAACAGCUCUUUGACCGCAUGUGCAUGAUGUUAGGGGGGCGAGUGGCCGAGCAGCUGUUCUUUGGCCGAAUCACCACAGGGGCUCAGGAUGACCUGCGGAAGGUGACGCAGAGCGCCUAUGCACAGAUCGUCCAGUUUGGGAUGAGUGAGAAGCUAGGCCAAGUGUCCUUUGAUUUACCUCGGCAAGGGGAAGCCCUGGUGGAGAAGCCAUACAGUGAAGCCACCGCCCAGCUCAUCGAUGAGGAAGUGCGCCGCCUGAUUAACUCUGCCUAUUCCAGAACUUUGGAGUUGCUGACCCAGUGUAGGGACCAGGUGGAAAAGGUAGGAAAGCGUCUCUUGGAGAAGGAAGUACUUGAAAAGUCAGACAUGAUUGAACUGCUGGGCCCCCGGCCUUUUGGAGAGAAAUCUACUUACGAAGAGUUUGUGGAGGGCACGGGGAGCUUGGAAGAAGACACUUCGCUUCCACAGGGCUUGAAGGACUGGAACCGAGAACGGACAGAAGAAAGCUCUGAAGAGCAAGUCAAGGAAAGUACUGUGUAAACCAGCCAAGGCCUCCGAGCAUUUGUCUCUUGUGCUUUGGGGGAUGUCCCCACUCUCCUCACUAUACCUCUGGGGCUGUGGCCUCUAGCACCUCUACCUGUC